CAACCGUAACCGCUCGCUCAAUCAAAGUCCACCUCGAUCCCUCUCUCUUUCUCUCUCUCUCAUGGAUAUUUUCAAUGGUUUUCUGAGCGUAACAAUGCAUGUAGCCGUUGCCGUAGUCUUGUCGGUCUACGUUCCAAUCUCCCUGCUGUGGAGAUUGGCGGUGUUUAUAUUUGCAAGGCCGUUCCUGGGAGAGGACUUGAAGGGGAAGGUGGUUCUCAUCACCGGCGCUUCCUCCGGCAUCGGAGAGCAAUUAGCAUACCAAUACGCGAAGAGAGGAGCUUAUCUAGUCCUCGCUGCAAGGAGAGAAGACGCUCUCAAGGCAGUAGCUAAAACUGCUCAAGAGUGUGGAGCCCCUGAUGUGCUUGUAAUCCCAGCAGAUGUCUCUGAUUGCUCUGAAUCCAAAAGGCUAGUUGAUGAAGCAAUUGUGCAUUUUGGCCAAUUGAAUCACCUCGUCGUCAAUGCAGGAAUUUUCUCCAGCUGCCUCUUUGAGGAGAUUACCAAUAUCGCUGCUUUCAAGCAAGUCAUGGAUGUCAAUUAUUGGGGAUCAGUAUAUCCAACUUAUUAUGCCAUCCCCUACCUCAAGAAAAGCCGAGGAAAUAUCAUUGUCACAGCUUCUAUGGCCGGUAGAGUUCCAACAGCAAGACUGAGCUUUUACAAUGCAAGUAAAGCCGCACUAAUCAGGUUCUUUGAGACUUUGAGGGCGGAACUAGGUUCAGAAGUUCGAAUCACCAUACUGACACUUGGGUAUGUUGCUUCAGAGCUCACAAAGGGGAAAGCUCUUCAAAAGGGAGGAGAGUACGGAGUCAAUGAAGAAAUUAGAGAUGUCCAGGUCGGACCUCUACCAGUAGGAUACACUGAGAAGUGUGCAGAAGUGGUGGUGGAUAGUGCAUGCAGGGGAGAUGCAUACGUGACAUGGCCAUCAUGGUAUAGACCAUUUCAUAUGGUCAUGUGUGUGGCCCCUGAGUUAGUGGACUGGUUCUCACGUUUGUUCUAUGUCGCUAAACCUGGAAGUUCUUCAGGCAAGACACUCGGUCAGAAGAUACUGGAGGCGAGGGGGGCUAAGAAAUUCUUGUAUCCAGCUUCCAUCCGAUCCCCCAGUACGAUUUUGGUCAUGACUGACAAUCAAGGAAUCAAAGUGUAAUUGCUAGUUAUUGAGAAUAGGAAGGUGAUGAUUGUGUUUUACUUUAUAUAAAUUUGAUUCAUCUCUUUUGUUAGAGAGCAUAUAAGCUUAUGCCGUCCAACAAAGAAAUGGCAAAUUUUAUUGCAACUAUUGCAAAUUUCAUGUAUGAGUCAAAGAAAAUAUUAAUAGAAUUUAGCCAAGAGAUAUUAUAAGUUACGUAAAAAUAUUCUAGCCUUAUAGGUUUAUUAAACGUAUUCUAGCCUUAUAGGUUUAUCUCAUCCCUAUGAUCUCCAGCAAAGGGAUCUUCACUCCAAAGAUUGCUUCUAAAUCAAAGAAAUGGUUUCAGUUGGAGUCUUACAGAAUAAUGCAAUCAGUAUCAGGCAUGCUGUUACUGGGUGGUCAAUGUGCUGUAUGCAUAGGAUGACAAUGGUUAUUGACCGGUAACAAGAAAUGUAGAUAUAUCAGUAUCAAGUUUGGUGCAAGGAUUUGAAGUGAAGUCUCGAAAAGUUCAUAGAAUUGUAAAAGGUUAAAAGCCUUGAAAUUUUAUGUUUGUAGAAGUGUACACAGCAUGAAAGAUAUGCCUUAUCGAGAGUUUAUUUCAUAAAUAUGAAAAUUUGAGGUUCAUGAACAGGAUUCAAAAUGGUAAGGAUAAGGAAUUCUUGAAAAAAUUGGGUGUAGAAACUAGUAGAAGUUUUUCAUUCAGAAAACAAAUGCCAUACACCAAGGUAUUAAUAAAAUCAUACAAGUGUUGAUAAAAUAGUUUAGGGCCGUUAGUGAAUAUAGCCUCGUUGUACAUCUGUGUGUCUGCAAGUAAACCUCGAAAAAGAUUAUGCAUGAUAGUUAGGUGGCAUGUCUAGGUUCUUGGUAAGCAGGGUAUGCUAUUUUGAACAGUAUGCAAUCUGAAGAUGAAGACUUAAUCAUAUCAGUAUUUGUGAUAUUAGUAAACUUGGCAGGAUCGCACUAUAUUUGGAACGUCAUUCGGGUCAUUUUGAUAAAUAUGAACAUGAUGUGCAUGUGUGCAGGGGCACAUACAAGACACA